AGCUCCUCGCAGUCUGAGUUCAAAGAAAACGUCUUCAGUUGCAGGGAGUAGGGUUUUGUAAGGCAGCUAUUUCUAGGGUUAGGGUUUUGCAGAAUCUGUGAGAAAGAAAGAGUAGUAGAAGAAGAAGAAGAAGAAAAGAGUUCAAAAUGCAGCCCUACGGAAUACAAUCGAUGCUGAAGGAGGGCCACAAGCACCUCUCCGGUUUGGACGAGGCGGUGGUGAAGAACAUCGAUGCCUGCAAGCAACUCUCCACCAUCACCAGAACUUCUCUCGGUCCCAAUGGUAUGAAUAAGAUGGUAAUCAAUCACUUGGACAAGCUGUUUGUGACAAAUGAUGCCGCCACCAUUGUCAAUGAACUGGAGGUUCAGCAUCCUGCUGCCAAGAUUUUGGUUUUGGCAGGCAGGGCUCAGCAGGAAGAAAUUGGCGACGGUGCUAAUCUCACCAUUUCUUUUGCUGGGGAGCUCCUUCAAAACGCAGAGGAGCUUAUCAGGAUGGGUCUGCACCCGAGUGAGAUCAUUAGUGGAUACAACAAAGCCAUAAAAAAGACGCUUGAAGUCUUAGAUGAACUGGUUGAGGAAGGUUCCGAGAUUAUGGAUGUGCGCAACAAAGAACAAGUGGUUUCUAGAAUGAGAGCUGCUGUUGCCAGCAAGCAAUUCGGCCAAGAAGAUAUCUUGUCCUCACUUGUUGCCGAUGCAUGUAUACAAGUAUGCCCCAAGAACCCAGUAAACUUCAAUGUGGAUAAUGUACGUGUUGCAAAGAUUGCGGGAGGGGGUUUGCAUAAUUGUACAGUAGUUCGAGGUAUGGUGUUGAAAACUGAUGCUGUGGGGAGUAUAAAGCGAAUGGAGAAGGCCAAGGUUGCUGUGUUUGCGGGUGGAGUUGAUACCUCUGCAACUGAGACCAAAGGAACUGUUCUAAUUCAUACUGCUGACCAGCUUGAAAAUUAUGCAAAAACUGAAGAAGCUAAAAUUGAGGAGCUCAUUAAAGCAGUUGCGGAUUCAGGUGCCAAGGUAAUUGUGAGUGGAGCAGCAGUUGGAGAGAUGGCACUACAUUUCUGUGAGCGGUACAAGCUCAUGGUGCUGAAAAUCAAUUCAAAAUUUGAAUUGAGACGAUUUUGCCGUACAACUGGUGCUGUUGCCAUGUUGAAGCUUAGCCAACCUAACCCAGAUGAUCUGGGAUAUGCUGACUCUGUCGCGGUUGAGGAAAUUGCCGGUGUUAGGGUCACUGUUGUGAAGAAUGAAGAAGGUGGGAACUCAGUAGCUACUGUGGUUCUACGGGCAAGUACUGAUAGUAUAUUAGAUGACCUUGAAAGGGCAGUUGAUGAUGGAGUGAACACAUACAAGGCUAUGUGCAAGGAUAGCCGCAUUGUUCCUGGAGCUGCUGCUACUGAAAUUGAGUUAGCUAGAAGAGUGAAGGAAUUCUCUUUUAAAGAAACGGGAUUGGAUCAGUAUGCUAUAGCAAAAUUUGCCGAAAGUUUUGAGAUGGUGCCUAAAACUCUGGCUGAGAAUGCUGGAAAGAAUGCAAUGGAGAUCAUAUCUUCUCUCUAUGCUGAACAUGCAUCAGGAAAUACGAAAGUGGGCAUUGACUUAGAGGAAGGCCGUUGCAAAGAUGUGUCGACUAUUAAUGUUUGGGACCUCCACAUAACUAAGUUCUUUGCUCUCAAGUAUGCUGCGGAUGCUGCCUGCACCGUCCUAAGGGUAGAUCAAAUUAUAAUGGCAAAACCAGCAGGUGGCCCAAGUAGGAGAGAUCAGCCUGCAGGGAUGGAUGAGGAUUAACUUGUUUUUCGUCACAGAUCUUGUUUUGUGCCACAACUAACCAUCUCGCUUGUAUUUUAGGAUACGAGGACAGUUGAAAAGCGUGUUUGGUUUCUCGGGUUUUUGUUCUAGCUGGUCCUCGAGUUUUUGUGGUCUUGGCUGGUCCUUGAGGUUUUGUUGAAAGCUUUUGUUUUCGUAUGUGCCCUUGCUAGACACUAAUGGAUUGGAAUUAUAUAAAUUUUCCUUCAAUGAUUGCAUAUUAUGUUUCUUCAA